CGGCUGAACAAAACGUGCCUUUAUCUAACAGGUUUCUGGAUGGACAUCGGUCAGCCUAAAGACUUCCUCACAGGGAUGUGUAUGUACCUUCAGUCGCUACGGCAACAAGCUCCUGAGAGGCUACGCACGGGUCCCGGUUUCCUUGGCAAUGUUCUUGUGGACCCCACAGCGCAGAUCGGGGAGAACUGCACCAUCGGGCCGAACGUCACCAUCGGUGCGGGGGUGGUGGUGGAGGACGGCGUGAGGAUAAAGCGCUGCACGGUGAUGAAGGGGGCGCGGGUCCGAUCUCACUCCUGGCUGGAGAGCUGCAUCGUUGGGUGGAGCUCCUCUGUGGGCCAGUGGGUGAGUACAGGACAGAGACCAUAGGGAAUUAUAUUAUUACAAGUUAUAGAAAGUUUAAAAAAAAUGUUUAAGGUAAUUUCAUCUUUAACUGUGUUCAUUGUGCAGACAUUAAGAAAUCAUAAAGAACAACACUUCAGAAUCAGACACAGGUUUAUUACCAGGUGGGUUGACACGUACGAGGAAUUUGACUAGGUGCAUACAUAAAAGUAAAACAACAAUUAAAACAUAGAUAGAGAACUAGAAAAAUAAUAAAAUAUAAAUAUAACAGUAUUUACAUUGCAAUGUAAAGGAAUAAAAUAUGGAAUAAAACAAAAAAGUAAUAAGAAAAGAAAACAGAUAUUGUUGUACUCUUGUGUGCAUUAAUGUAAUGCACACAAGAGUCUAUGAUGUGGCUGAUGUUAUGUGUCAGUGGGGGGGGCGGGCGGGCCUUAUUGAUGAGUCCGGUAGCGGAGGGGAAGAAACCAUCAGGAACCGAUGAGUCAAAAAGUAUUCUUAGAAAGUACAAAAAAAUGGCAAUACAAAUGUAGCUGUUUUUGAAGUUUAGUUAACAGUAGAUUUCAGAAGUCACAUUUAAAGAGGCCCUAUUUUUGCCUUUGGGGGUUUUCCCUUUCCUGUUUCCUUCACAGGAAAGGGCUUUCUGAACAUUAAAGCAUGGAGACAUCAAACAUGUUACAGUAGAAGCAAGAAAUAUGAACCUGAAAAUGAGCAAAAUAUGUCCUCUUUAAUCAUUGUUUUCCAUUUAGUAAUGU